AUGGUCACCGGUAUCGAGGCUGCUGGGCUUGCCCUUGCGAUUCUACCACUCUUCGUCAAUCAGAUCGAUGCCUACGUCCGCGGCAUAGAGAAGAUCAAGGGUCUGAGACGCUACAGACGGGAAUUGAAGGGCUACUCAGUAGGCCUCAGUACUCAGCAUGCAAUUUUGCUGAAUACGCUGGAACAAGCCUUGGAAGGUGUGAUCGAUGAUGAGGAUCAAGUUUCUGAGCUCAUUUGUGAUCCACGGGGUGAUGGGUGGAAGGAACCGGGCUUGCAAAAGCGACUCCGCCGGAAGCUGGACCGAAAUUACGAAGUGUUCAUAGGAAACAUGACUGGUCUUUCUGAGUUGCUGGAAUAUCUGUCGCAUAAGCUAGAGAUUGACGGAACCGAUGAAAAGACACCUGGCCCCGAAACUUGGAACAUAUUGAAAUUUCGAAAGAUCAUCAACAAGGCAGUCUACGAUGAUCUCCUCGCGAAAAUUGACGGAACCAAUACUAUCCUCAAGACUCUGGUCGACCAGUCCGUUCAUCGGGAAGUUACAAAGAAAAGGCGGCAAACCUGGAGCUACCUUCUUAAACGCUAUCUAAAGGCCCGCAAGCAUGCCGAGGGGCUAUUUAAAGCAAUUAUUGGGGGAAGCUGCUGGCGCUGUCAGUGUAAGGAGCAACAUUGCGUCCACCUUCAGCUGCAAACCAAUCCCUUGCAGAGUAUCGACGAAUUCUCUGAUCGCGACUUCGAUGCCAAACCCCAAUUUCGAAUGAUCUUUUCCAACACAGAUGAGGCGGGUCCAACAUGCCUAUGGACUUGGACAGAGGUGGUAUUUGAGCCUUGGCGAAUUGAAGAGAUAGUAACAGUUGCCAGUCGCUCCCUGUCUGACGGUAUCAAAGGACCCAGGGUUCAAUUUGAUAUCCCUGCCAUGGAGGAACUAAAAACAGCAGAACAAAGCCGAGAGGCGCUAUCUGCUCCGGCAAUACAAGACCUUUGCUCAUCCCUUUGUCUCGCCGAAUCUAGGAUUGGGAGGCAGGAAAGCAUAGGUUCCAUUUCGAAUGAGCUAGACGCAUCAUGUAAAUACACGAUGCGUGCCGUUAAGAUACUUCCGAAGCCUGUUCCACAAAGGCCGCUUCACGAGGUACUGUCGCAGAUCAGUCGGCGGGACCGCCUAUAUAUCGCUGCUAGUCUAGCGUGUGGUGUGAUCCAAUUCUGUGGGAAUUGGUUGAAACCGUGGUGGGACAGCUCUGAUGUCCAUCUGGCGGCAGCCAGCGACGGAGGCAAUGUGCUAUUGGAAAGUCUAUACCUGUCAUGGCCUCUCUCCACCACGAGAACAAUACAGAGGCCACUAAACGACACUAAAUAUUCUGAUAUUGGGGGUAACCGUCUAUUGCCACUGGGGCUUGCGCUGGUGGAGCUGUCACUUGGCAAACGUCUCCACACAUUGCUGAAUCUGGAAGAUGAGAAUCAAGAUACACUGGUGAGUAAAUUCAAGGCCGCAUCAUGGCUCAUAAGAAUGGUGUACAUGGAGAGUGGGACAAAUUAUGCAGAUGCAGUUAAUAGUUGCUUGUCCUGGUCUGCUUUGUGUCUUGAGAAAAGAUUCGAGGAGCGUGUCUUCGACACUAUCGUUUCUCCAUUGUUGAGAGACUUGGCCAAUUUUGAGGGUAUAGCUUCCUAUGAAUAG